UGAACUAAUGUGCCUAUUUUGGGUUAUACUUUGCUAAUGGAUGCGAAGGGUCCAUGGCACGCAUUAACCAUCUCACAUCCUCAAGCCGGAUCGUCACGCGUCAGGCAUGGUUGGCGGAUAUUCUCAAGACUAAGAAAUUAGCAUUGCGUUAGCAGCUAUCCAAUAAACAACACAUAUCGUAAUUUACUGUCACGAACUUACGUCUGAAAUAUCAGACUCCAAAUGACUUGAAACUCUUCUUGGAGGACAGUGCAAGCUUUUGGAGGGAAGCGAAGGUCAAACUCCAUUUCCUCAGUUAUACCGUUCUUUGGAAAGCGCCUUCUGGUGAUCGACGACGAGCAGCUUUUUGCGUGUUUUGAAUCUUAUGAAGCUCAUGAUCUACUACAAUCAGCAACGCCAUGCAAGUGGAAAGGGAAGGCGGAGCAUAAUAUUGGUUCUUGCAAACUCACUUCUUGGAGUCCACUAUUUCCUCCAGCGUCAACGGCGCAUCCUUGCAGCAGCCCUUGGAUUGUUGUCGGCUCUUCAGUUCGGUCGACGGAUCCCUUUGGAUAACAAGCUCUUCUCUGCCGGGAGGCCUUGCAAAGCAGCAUCUGGGGAUGGGUCCGCCAUAUUUGGUGAUGUUGCUUCACAGAUUGCGAACAGGGCAAAGAGAGAUGCAGAGGAUGAGAUUGAAAGAGUUUUCUAAAUAUCUGAUGAGAGAAGAUGCUGUUGGCGCUCACUUAUAUGUAGCCGGCAAUAUUUUGAUGCGAAUGGCAGUU